AUGGAUGCUUUCUCUAGGGGUGGUUGCUGGGCUGCGGCCGACUUCCCCCAAAGCAACAGCGAAUCGCCAGGAAGAGAGGGGGAUUUGCUGCAGGGGCCGGAGAACGUACGGCAGACAAGGCGAAGAAGGAGGGGCAAGAGGAUUUCCAAGGAUCCCAGAGAAGUGGGAGGGGGACUGCGAGGCUCUUCACCUGCCAACCGGCAUCACCCCGCCGGUAAUAACCUACGGAGUGCAGCAUGUUGGGGUUCUCUGUACUUCAUAGGGAAGGUGGGGAGAGGGUCUGACAGAGUUGACAGGGCUCAGAGCACCGAGAAAAGUCUUUUCACCUUCCAUCCCUACAACAGGAAAGCUGGAUGGGAAACUCAUGAACCCUGCAGGAAGGGCGAAAACAGAGCCACAAUUGCCAAUGAGAGCCGCGCAACCACGAGCGCUGCGGCCUUGCUUCCUUUUGCUUGCGGCCUCCCAAGAGUUUCCCAACAAGUCCACAAGUUGGACGAGAAGAGGGCCCAGUGGUCCACGGCUUUCGGGCACGUCGGGAGAGGCGCCACCAGAAACGCGCCACCAUCUGGAUUCGUUGGGCUGAACGCGGUCUCGUCCAAGCCGUCUAGCGGCAUCGUCGGAGCCGUCUUGGACCCUUGGAUGAUGCCAUUGGACCGCGUUAGGCAUGUCAGGCGCUCGAGCAACAUCAAGCUUGAAGCUGCAAAGCAAUGCGUGGAAGCUCGCGCCCUACCGGACGGUGUCAUGUACGGUGUCUUGCGUGUGCGCAUGUUUCCCGCAAGUGCCGAUCCAUCAUCGAAGCUCUAUCUCCCUCUUGUCCUUGUCCGCGCGCAGCUUCCGCAGCAGCAGCGCACAAUCUCCAUGCCCGGUGCCGAAAGAGUUCUUCUUCACCUUACACAGUAG